AUGGACUCCACGGCGGUGGCGGCGCAGGCCCCGGUGCUGCUGGUGACGAACGACGACGGCAUCGACGCGCCGGGGCUCCGCUUCCUCGUCGACCAGCUGGUCGCCGCGCGGUGCUACCGCGUCCUCGUCUGCGCGCCUGACUCAGACAAUUCGGGUGUUAGCCACUGCAUCACAUUGCGCCAUGCAGUCUCCUGUACACGUGUUGACAUAAGUGGUGCUACAGCGUUUGGAGUUUCAGGAACUCCUGCCGACUGCGCCUCUUUAGGCAUUUCUGGGAUGCUCUUUGAUGGUGUGGUUCCUGAUCUGGUACUAAGUGGGAUCAACAUUGGAAACAAUUGUGGAUACCACAUCAUUUAUUCAGGAACAGUUGCUGCUGCUAGGGAGGCAUUUUUAUAUGGGAUUCCUGCAAUAGCUAUGUCAUAUGAUUGGGUUGCGGGUCAGAGCAGGGUCAAUGACCUCAAAGUGUCCGCAGAGGUCUGUGUGCCUCUGAUAAAUAACAUCGUGACUGAGAUCAAGAAUGGAACAUAUCCCCAAGGAUCAUUCUUGAAUGUAGAUGUACCAACAAAUGUUGCACACCAUAAGGGGUAUAAAAUUACAACACAAGGAAAGUAUAUGGCGGCCAGAAUUAGUUGGAAGCAAACUGUUUACAAAAAGCCUGCUGUAGAAAGUUACCAGACAGCAAACACGGAUGUUGAUGGUGAAAAGGACAGUGAACUAGUUACUCCCGCAGAGAAUAACCUACUUUUUAAGAGAGUGAUUGUAGGGAGAAAUUCUGAUGAAGUGGAAGGAGAGCAGGACAUGGACCACAAGUCCCUAGUUGAUGGAUAUAUUACUGUUACUCCUUUGAGCCCUCUUUCCCGCACGGAUCCAGAUGUCAUACCCUACUUGAAAGCUAGCGUGUCACGCCUGGAUGCUUACCAGGAUGGCCAGACAGACAGAACCUGCUGA